GGAAAGCGCAGCAUGCCGCCACACACGGCAGAAUCACCGGCGAAGAAGCAAAGCAAGUGGUCGCCGGAGGAGGAUGCCCUGAUCAUCGAGCUUCGGGGCAGCGGCAUGAAGUGGGACGACAUUUCCAAGCGGUUACCCGGCCGAAGUUCCAUCAGCUGUCGCCUUCACUACCAAAACUACCUCGAAAGACGCAGCGAAUGGGAUGAGGAGCGCAAAAACAAGCUCGCUCGGCUGUAUGAGAGGUUCAAACCCGAAAUGUGGGCAAAAGUAGCAGAAGAGAUGCAAGUACCCUGGCGAGCCGCCGAGGCCAUGCAUUGGCAGUUAGGUGAGAUCGACAUGGCGAGGAGGGCCGGGGUGGUGCCAUUCUCGCUGAACAUGAGUUCGACCGAACCCCAAGGGCCGCACCGAUUGUCGCCUUCCAGGGGACACGGGCAUUCACAGUCACAGGGGAGCCUGCCCCGCGACCUGCCCAGCAUGCCAUCGCCGCGGUACGGCCGCGGGCCAGCCGCGAUGCCACCUCUGAUUCCACCUCCGACCCCUGGCGGGCGACCGUUAUCCUCCCGGCGAGAAAGCCUCCCCCCAAGACCCUCCUACGGACCGCCUCCCGAACAGGCCGACUACGGCUACGGUCCCGCACCAGGCUUUGGACUCGCCCCAAUCCAAACAAGCGGUCUUGGCCCAGGCCCGGGUGGAGGGCCACGCGGCGGCAUGCUGCCCGGCGUGGCCGAGCUAACGACGGGCAUCAGCCCUUACAGCACGCCGGCAUACUCGAUUGGGGGAGGCCCGAGCACA